AUGUCGAACCCGCAGCAUGUCGCUCUCGACCGCUCGAGUUCGUCGAUGGAAGCGACGCACAACGAUAAGCUGCGAGCGGCUGAAGAGGACGGCGCAUCGAUGGACAAGCCAAUGCACACCACCACUCGCUCGGAUGGCCAGCUCCAAGUCGGUGUCACACACACCGAGCGUGCGCAUCUCAAGCAAGGCCUGGAACAACGCCACCUCUCGAUGAUCGCAUUGGCGGGUUCCAUCGGUACCGGUCUCUUUCUCUCGCUCGGCGGGUCAAUCCAAACGGCAGGCCCCCUUGGCGCUCUUAUCGGCUACGCUGUGGUGGGAGCCAUCGUCUGCGCUGUGCAGUUCGCUCUGGGUGAAGUAUCGGCAUUACUUCCUGUCACCGGCUCGUUCGUUCGUCACGCCGACUACCUCCUCGAUCCUGCGUGGGGUUUUGCUGUCGGCUGGAACAUCGUCUACGGAAACAUUCUUUCGAUCCCUUCCGAGAUCUCGGCCAUCUGCGUUUUGUUCCAAUUUUGGACCGACAUCAACUCGUCGCUGUGGAUCAUGAUCUUUAUCGUGCUUACAUUCGUCAUCGGUGUCGUCUUUGUGCGCGCCUACGGAGAAGUGGAAUUCGCAUUCGCCUCGCUCAAGCUGCUGACGGUGGUGUUCCUUAUCAUCUUUGGCUUGGUUGUCAACCUGGGCGGAAUCCCAGGAGUCGAGCGCAUCGGCUUCCGCUACUGGGACACUCCAGGUCCGUUUGUCGAGUACAUUGGAACAGGCGCAUGGGGAAAGUUUUUGGGAACGUACGCUUGCUUGACAUCCGCCGUCUAUUCGUUCGCAGGCGUCGAGAGUUUGGCCAUGGCAGCGGCUGAAACACAAAACCCUGGCCGCGCCAUCCCGCGGGCGUGCAAGAGGGUGUUCUUCCGUAUCGCCCUUUUUUACAUGCUCGCCGUGCUGGUGGUUGGAAUGCUGGUAUCUUCGGAUGAUCCUCGGCUCAACGAUGAGUCGGGUACAGCUGCUCAGUCUCCGUUUGUGAUUGCCGCCUCGACGGCAGGCUACUCGGCAGUCGGUUCUGUGAUCAACGCGAUCGUGAUUACAUCAGCUUGGUCGUCGUCAAACCAGGCUCUGCUGGCCGGAACGCGUGUGUUGUAUGGUUUAGCACUCAAGCGUCAAGCGCCUCGCUUCUUCCUACGUACCACCUCGUGGGGUAUUCCGAUCUACUGCGUUCUCUUCUUCACCGCGUUUAUGUUCCUCAGCUUCAUGUCGCUGUCGUCUGGGGCGCUGACCGUGUUCUAUUGGUUCGUCAGCUUGACUGCCGCCGGCGUGCUGGUUUCGUGGUCCACGGUGCUGCUCAACCACAUCCGACUCAAGACGGCGUUACGACGACAGGGCAUCCCGGCCUCGGAGCUUCCAUGGAACAACGGAUGGACGUUGUACUCGAGCUAUGUCGCGCUCGGCAUGUGCCUCCUCAUUCUCUUCACUGGUGGCUUCGCCGUAUUUACCUCUGGAAGGUGGAAUGCCAACAGCUUUGUCUCGAGCUACCUCGAUAUCCCGCUCGUCAUCGCAUUCUUCCUCGGCUGGAAGCUGUUUAAGAAAACCAAGUGGGUCAAGCUCGAGGAGGUGGCGUUGCGAGAGGCGAUCCAACAGGCCAAAGAGCGUGCCGAGCAGGCGAGAUUGGAAGAGCAAGCCCAAGCUGCUCUCAAGCGCAACAGGAGCUGGUUGAAAUUCAUCAGCUGGAUCUGGGACUGA